GGGAAGCUGGAAGGAGACAAGCAUGAACACAAACAUGGCGGCAUCAAUGGCGAACUUACAGACAUUACGACCUUCAUCACUACCACCACCUCCAUCUCGCUUCUCAAUUCAUGAUCGUUUCUGUACAACAAGUAUCUCUAAGAUACGAAUAAAUUCAAACCCCACUACUACUAGUAGUAGUAAUAAAUCAAUUAGGUUUCCAGUUAUCUCUUGUUGCGUCGAUUCUACCACCGAGUCUUCCACCAUAUCAUCACCACCAGAUGAGACGUCAACGCCGCAUAAGGACCUUCCGCCGUUGCAAAAGAAGCGGCAGAUGUAUAGGAGGCUGCUUCCUGGAGAAGCGGAAGGUAUUACUGGAGAAAUGAGAUUCGUUGCUAUGGACCUCCGUAAUAGGAAACUUAAAGUUAAGAAUGAAAAUUUGGAUAGGAGAGGUAAAAGUGAUAUGGAAGAUGCUGGUUCUGGAAACAGUGAUGGAGAAAUUGAUGGUUCUGAUGACGAUKAUGGUGGGACAAAUAAUCAGAAUUCCGAUAAGGAGAUUGAGAUGUGGGAUCCCGAUCUGGUAGGUUUUGUGAGGUAUCUCGUUGACAGUGAGUUUCUUUAUAGCUCGAUUGAGCGCUUGGUCGAUGAGUCGCAAGAUGUUUCUUUUGCCUACUUCAGAAACACUGGAUUGGAAAGAGCUGAAAGUUUUAGAAAGGAUAUAGAGGUGUUUAGACAACAGAAUGUUCCGAUUCCGAUGCCUCACCCCCCUUCUAAAAAGUAUGUGCAGUAUUUGGAGGAACUUGCAAUGGAGAGUCCUCCUUCAUUUUUCUGUCAUUUCUACAGUAUAUACUUCGCCCACAUAACAGGUGGUCAAGUGAUUGUAAAAAAGGUAUCUGAAAGGAUAUUAGGCGGAAGAGAGUUGGAGAUUUGCAAGUGGCCAGGGGAUCCGGAGGUGUUGCUCAAGGCCAUGCGAGAAAAGCUCAACGCUCUGGGACAGCAUUGGAGACGUGAAGUGAAAUCCAAAUGCCUAAGAGAAUCAGCGAAGUCAUACGGGUUUAUGGGGUCCAUAAUUCGUCUCAUCAUUGUGAAGUAACCAUAGCUUACUAACUAAUUGUUAAACUUGGUUUAAAGAGGAACUGCAGUUGGGUUUCUCUUAGAAAUGAGGGUUAUUUUUUUUUGCGUAUUUCUWCGCGGACCUAUAACAUUGCUACUUUGAGUAAGGUUCUCGAGUUGCCUGGUUGAGUUGUACCCGAAACAAAAAGGAGACACAAUUUCUCCAAUGAUGAUUCUUGUCCUCUUCAUGCAAAUCGUGAAUGACGGUUACUGAUUCGCACUUAAA